AUGUAUACUAGAAAACUACCUAUUAUACAUAAAAUAGAUAUAGAUUUUGUAGACAAUAGAAUAGCCAAUAUAGUUAAAAAUUCCAUUGAACCCGAUUUAAAUCCAGUUAAUAAUCAGAUAUGUACUAAAUAUCUCAAGGUUGAAGGAACUCAUUUAUUGGUAACUAUUGAGAGUUGUGAUAUAUUAGUACUUAGAAAAUCUUCUAAUGCACUAUAUGAGAUGCUAAUAUUAGCUACAAAGGCUAUAGAAGAGUUCAGAGAUUAA